CUCACAUCAAAAUCUGCGGAGUGGCACAAAACAGAAGCAGCAGCAACACGGGAGGAAUCUGAUACUGAACAAAAAGCAUUUUCAAGUCUAAUCUUUGGAUCAGAAGAACUCUUGAAGUCAUGAUUGCUUCACAGUAUCUCUCUGCUCUCACUUUCGUGCUUCUGUUUAAAGAAAGUAGAACCUGGUCUUACCACGCAUCCACGGAAAUCAUGACUUUUGAGGCGGCCAGAGAUUAUUGCCAGAAAACUUACACAGCUCUAGUUGCAAUUCAAAACCAGGAAGAGAUUGAAUACCUGAACUCCACAUUCAGCCACUCACCGAGUUACUACUGGAUUGGAAUCAGAAAGAUCAACGGUACAUGGACCUGGAUAGGGACCAAUAAGUCUUUGACUAAAGAAGCCACAAACUGGGCUCCAGGUGAACCGAACAAUAAGCAAACUGAUGAGGACUGUGUAGAGAUCUACAUUAAGAGAGAAAAGGACUCAGGCAAGUGGAAUGAUGAGAACUGCACCAAAAAGAAGUUCGCCUUGUGUUACAAAGCUGCCUGUACCCCCACAUCCUGCAGCAGCCGUGGUGAAUGUGUGGAGACCAUCAACAACCACACUUGCCAGUGCCACCCUGGCUUCAAGGGCCUCAGGUGUGAGCAAGCUGUGACCUGUCAGGCACAGAAACAUCCUGAGCAUGGACAUCUGGUUUGCAACCCUUUGGGGAAAUUCACCUACAACUCUUCCUGCUCCAUCAGCUGUGCAGAGGGCUACCUCCCAAGCAGCACAGAGGCUGCUCGGUGCAUGUCCUCUGGAGAAUGGAGCACUCCUCUCCCAAAAUGCAACGUGGUUAAGUGUGAUGCUUUGUCAAAUCCAGACAACGGAGUUGUAAACUGUUCCCAAAACCAUGGAAGCCUCCCAUGGAACACUACCUGUACGUUUGAGUGUCAGGAAGGAUAUAAACUCACUGGACCCCAGCACUUACAGUGUACCUCCUCUGGGAUUUGGGACAACAAGCAGCCAACAUGUAAAGCUGUAACCUGUGCAGCCAUCAGCCAUCCUCAGAACGGCACUGUGAAAUGUAGCCACUCCUUGGUUGGAGAGUUUGCCUUCAAGUCAUCCUGCCACUUCACCUGUGCAGAGGGCUUCGCGUUGCAGGGGCCAGCCCAGGUUGAAUGCACUGCCCAGGGACAAUGGACACAGCAGGUCCCAGUUUGUGAAGUGGUACGAUGUUCACGUUUGGACGUUUCUGGAAAGCUCAACAUGAACUGCAAUGGGGAGCCUGUGCUUGGCACUGAGUGCAUGUUUGCAUGUCCUGAAGGAUGGACGCUCAAUGGCUCUGUAGCGCUGACCUGUGGUGCUACAGGGCACUGGUCUGGGAUGCUGCCAACCUGUGAAGCUCCCACUGUGUCCCAAACUCCCUUGGCAGUUGGACUUUCUACUGCUGGAGUCUCCCUUGUGACAAUACCAUCAUUUCUCUUCUGGCUUCUGAAACGCCUUCAGAAGAAAGCAAAAAAAUUUUCUCCUGCCAGCAGCUGCUCAAGCCUGAAAUCAAAUGGAUGCUACUCAGCACCUUCCGAGUUAGUUUAAGUCCAAAGGAAUCAGGAGCACAAGCAAAUUAAGGAACUAGAGCAAUACCCUGAAGAUGGCAGAGACAGAGGUCUGCUUGGGUCUCCAGCUCUUCUCUCCUACUGUAUCCACUGGCUACAUUUACAGGUGGGGCCAUGGUGCUCAUGAGGACUUCAGUGGACAAAAUCCAAUGCACUAGUCCAGUCUGCCACCAAAAAAGACUCAAUUCUCUACUUUCCAGUGCUGGCUACUGGAAGGAAAGCAUAUUCUUAUCCAUGCAAAAGCAAAGAGCCUAAGGCUCUAGAAUCUCAGAAUUCCUUUCCUAACUCACCCUUCACUCACUUUGAAAUCUUGUGGGGGUAAUACAAUAUUUAGUGGCACUGUUUCUUUCUUUUGUCCGUCAUCGUGUUUCAGCUGCUGACUCUAUAGUUGCUGUCAUGGGGAUGAAUAAUAAGUGUCAAGAAUUUAGAGGAAGCUAAUUGGUCAUAGAUAUUCUAUUAAUAGACUUGGGGGAAAUGACAAAAGUUUAAUGCUACGGGGUGAUGACAUUUCAAAAGUUGUUAAUAGUGAAAACUCUAUUUAGCACAGCAAGUACAGUCUCAAUCACUCUGAUCCUUGUAGGAUUCAGUGUUUUUUAAAGUAUUUUUACCUUCCCAGGUGUCACAGUGUUAAAGAAUCCGCCUGCUACUGCAGGAGAUGUAAGAGACAUAGGUUCAAUACCUUUGUAGGGAAGAUUCCCUGGAGAAGGAAAUGGCAACCUACUCCAGUAUUCUUGCCUGGGAAAUCCCAUGGACAGAGGAGCCUGGAGGGCUACAGUCCAUGGGGUCACAGAGUCGGACAUGACUGAGUGACUAAGCACUAAAGUGCUUUUAGAGGUUGUGUUCUUUUUGCUUGCAUUGAAUGUAGUAUAAAUGCAUAAGUCUUAAUUCAGUGCAAGUAUUUUAAGUUAUUAUUUUAAAUGUUUUAUGUACAUAUUUAUUAAGCUUAUGUCAUACCUGGGCUUACCAGGUGGCUCAGUGGUAAAGAAUCCAUCUCCCAAGCAGGAGAUGUGGGUUCGAUCCCUGAGAUAGGAAGAUACCCUGGAACAGCAAAUGGCAACCCACUCCAGAAUUCUUGCAUGGAGAAUCCCAUGGACAGAUAAGCCUGGUGGGCUAUAGUCCAUGGGGUGGUAAAACAGUCAGACAUAACUUAGUGACUAAAUAACAAAUGUCUACAAUCACAACUAUUGUACGUAACAUGGCACUGUAAAGUUUGGUAAUAAACAUGUUUAUAUUUA